GUUGCUCUCUUUUCCUGCAUUGCAAAAAAGUGUGAUCCAGAAGUGAAGUUAUCUCCUGAAGUUCAGCAGAACAAGCAAAAGGGACUCAGUGCAGAAUCAGACCUCAUGGAUUAAGUGGUAGGUGCAGAGACUUGUGAGUGACUUGUUCUGUCCUGCACACAGAUGUUUUCAUAAAGUGAAUUGUGGUCAAAGUGGGCACAAGCUUCUCUUGACCCUCUUCGCACAGAGAGAACACACUUUGAUACAGUUGAAGUCAUGAAAGACUUAAAUCUCAGCCAGGGGUUGCUGGUGCUUCUGCUGCUUUGGACUUUGUUAGUUGUUGCUGAUGCAGCCGGUGUUGCGAGUGCAGAACGAGGAGGAGCUGCCAGAAGCCAGAGAAGAGGAGGAGGUGGCGGCAACGGCGGCAGUGGAGGAGGAAGUGCGGAGAAGAAAAGGAGGUUUCACCGCAUCCAACAUGGCCAGUGCAGCUACACCUUCAUCCUGCCGGAAUUGGAUGCCUGCCAGGCCGGAGGACCUCGCGGCGGGUCGAGUGUCGUGCAGAGAGACUCGCCGCCAGUAGACAGUGGAUGGUCAGCUCAGAAACUGCAGCACCUGGAGAGCACAAUGGAGAACAACACGCAGUGGUUGCAGAAGCUGGAGAACAUCAUUAAGAAGAGCAUGAAGCCAGACAUCGCUAACAUACCGUCACACGUCGUUCACAACCAAACGGCCACCAUGCUGGAGAUCGGAACAAACCUCCUCACGCACACAGCGGAGCAGACGCGCAAACUCAACGUGGUCGAAGCCAAGGUGCUGAACCACACGUCUCGAAUAGAGAUCCAGCUUCUGGAGAAUUCUCUGUCCACCAACAAGCUGGAGAAAGAGCUGUUACUGCAGACCUCCGAGAUCAGUCGGCUACAAGACAAGAACAGUCGUUUGGAGCGUAAAGUUCAGAUGCUGGAGUCUCAGCAAAAAGGAGAGCUGAAGGACAUGAGGGAGGAGAAGAACAGACUGCAGUCUGUCAUCAGGACUCAGAUGACGGCCAUCGAGUCUUUGGAGAGGCAGCUGAGAGUCGCCAGCAGCAACAACACCGCUCUGCAGAGGCAGCAGGCUCACCUGAUGGACUCUGUCCACACGCUCAUCAACAUGGUGGCUACUACUACAGGUACACACACACACACAGAAGAAGCCAUGUGCAUGUUUGGACAAGUCAAUCUAAAAAUCAGAAUGUGGAGAGACUGUGCAGAGGCUUACAAGGCCGGACACUCCGUCAGUGGUCUGUAUCACAUCUACAUCAGCAACAGGACUGAACCUGUGCAGGUGUACUGUGACAUGGAGACGAGUGGUGGAGGCUGGACGGUGUUCCAGCGUCGAUUUAACGGCAGCGUGGACUUCCAGAGGAGCUGGAGGGAAUAUAAAAUGGGUUUCGGGGACGUGUUAGGAGAGCACUGGCUGGGUAAUGAAGCCUUGUACCUGCUGACCGCUCAGGGUCAGUACUCGCUGAGAGUGGAGCUGAGGGACUGGGAGGGAAGCCCCGCCUACUCCCAGUACGACCGAUUUACACUGGCCAAUGAGAAACAGCAGUACAGGUUGUAUCUGAGAGGUUACAGCGGUACAGCAGGGAGGCAGAGCAGCCUGGUCACCCAUGGGGCCGGUUUCAGCACCCGAGACCAGGACAACGACAACUGUGACCACUGCAAAUGUGCCCUGAUGCUCACUGGAGGUUGGUGGUUUGAUGCUUGUGGUUUCUCCAACCUAAACGGUAUUUACUACUCUGUUGGCCACAACAUCAGGAAGCUGAACGGCAUCAAGUGGCACCACUUCCGAGGCCCCAGCUACUCCUUGCGCUCCACCUCCAUGAUGGUACGACCCUAUGACUUCUAACAACAUCCCGUCCACCUCCAUGAUGGUACGACCCACAGGCUUAUAACCCUCCGGUAUCAUGACGGUACAACCCUGUGGCUCCCAACAUCCCUUCAAAAUGCCUUCCUGAUGAUGUGUUACACCCCUCGGCUCCCGCAACAUGAUGGAAUGACCCGACAGCUUUGACCAACGCCUGGUGGCUCCACCAUGGUACAACCCUGACUACAGCCAUAAUGUUAAAACCCAUGCGAGUCAUGAGCACCCCUCUGCCCCACGUUCAUCCUUUUGGAAGUCUUGGAGGAUUUCACUACCAACCUUGGAUCCACAAGGGUCUAGAAAACAACUUGCAAACAUGCAAAAUUGCUAGUCUGGCACUUCUGGAGAAAAGUUCAGUGUCUGAUCGAAUCGCCAACCCCACUGACCCACUGUACCCCCUCAGCCACAGCUGUUGUGAUGUUCCAAACUGCCACACUAGAAGGAGAAGUAAAAGACCGGCCAUCAUAGAGAGGAUGGAGAUAAUUGUUUAAGUAUGGGGAUAACGGCACACAUUUUCAGGCACUCUCUCUUGAAAGACAUUCAUUGUGUUGCGCUUGUUUGUACAUACAAAGAAAUAACAAAAACAGAAUGACGAAAGAGAUCUUGAGAGAGAGGUUCAAGGCCAAAUCAGCCGGCCAAUCCCUGCAUCAAGUCACUGUGAAUGUCGGCUUCACAAAGUCAAAGAAAAUUGACGGAUGCAACUGCCCAAGUCCGAUGUCGGAGAGGUGUCGGGGGCUGGGGUUUCUGAAGCUGUUUAACAAUCCAUCAAGCACCUCUGAUAGGGAAUACUGGCAGCUCCAUCUCUUGGA